AUGCGCCGACGCCGAAGUACGAAGGCGUCGACGCCGACAGUAGCCGUGGCGCCGCCGCCAGCCGAGGCCAAGGCCGCCAAGAAGAUCAUCAAGGACCAAGCAACGUUCAAGCUGCACGUGCAUGGCCUCGAGUUCCAUGGCGGCGAGGAGCUCGUCUUAAACCUCGACGCGCUCAAGGCCGAGCUCACGUUUCCGGACGACGACAACUACGUCAUGGAGAUCUACCCGCUCAACAACCACGACGAGCCGCGCCGCCACUUGCUCAUGGACGUACCGUCGGCGGACGAGCUCAAGGCGAAGAAGCCUGUGAAAGGCAAGAUGUCGCUCAGUGUCCUCAAGGACACGGCGAGCCUCUUUAGCUUGCCGGCGCUCCAAGACGUGGUCGUGCGCUUCAUCGAGAAGACGCGCGUCGAAGUCGACUUUGUCGAGGUCUCGAUGAAGGACCAGUUCCUCUCGCGCCGCGACCUCUGGUACUUGAAGCAAGCGAUGGUCGGCAAGGCCGUGUACGUCGGCAAGAUGGUGCGCAUGCACGGCGCGCGGCUCCAGAUCACCGAGAUGGUCUUUGAGAACGACAACGUCACGAGCGGCGUCCUCACGGCGAAAACGUGCUUUGUGUACCGCUCCAAGUCAUCGCGCGUCUUUUGGCUCGUCCAAGUGAGCCCGGAAAUGUGGGACAUGGCCAACGACGGCGACUUGUACGCCGAGGAGCUCUUGCGCAUCGCGCACGUCCUCUUUACGAAGUGGCAGUCGAUGCACGUCUCGCACAGCCUCACCAUCAUCUUCUUCGCGCGCACGUUCUACGACACGCCGCCGCCGCCGUCGAUUCCGUCUGUCGAGGACGACGGCGUCUGGUUCCACGACUUUUACAAGGUCAUCUCGUACGGCAAGAACGGCGCGACGGAUGCGUCGGUGCUGCUCACGGACAUGAAGCGUGAGCUCAACGUCCUCCCGCAUAUCUGCCAGUGGCGGCUCGACGGCGACACGCUCCGCGCGGGGACCGGUCGGCCCGCGACCGCCCGCGACGGCAACGUGCUCGAGGCGCUCAAUCUGAUUUUGAAUAUUUAUGAAAAACACUACAUGGACCGCGACCUCAACCGCAGCGGCCAGAACAUUGCGCUCUUCACGGCCGGCAACGGCAUCUUCCGCGUCAACCAAGACCUCGCCGAGAUGACGGAGCAGCGCAUGAUGGACAACGGCAUUGGCUUUGACGUCAUCUCGCUCUCGACACCGCCCAUGGAGCCCGUGCCCCGCUUCUUGUUCAAGAAGCCACCGCCGACAAUGACCAAGCCCGUCUUUCCCGGUGUCGUGCCGGCGUGGAUCAGCAUCUGCUUUAGCCGCUACGAAGAGCAGCUCGCAACAGGGUUUGAACCGCUGCCGCACUGCCGACUCUUUGCGCUGCCGUCGACGGGGUGCCCGAAGCCCCUCGCGUUUCUUCUGCGGCACUUUAACUACGACGCAAUCGCAGAUGUGCUCACGCCCGUCCUAAACGCCCAUGUGCCACCGUCGCCGGUCCCGACCGCGGCCAGCAACGCGCUCGUCAAGACGCGCCCGCAUGCGAUGGUGGCCCUCGACGACUACGACGACGACGUCUUUGCUCUGCACCCGACGUCGUCUCUGUCGAGCGUCGACAAGUCUCCGAUGCUGCUUUGCGCGACGCCGCCAUUGCACGGUGGCAUCUUCUUGGCCAACCCGAAGCGCCUCCCUCGGUCCAAACCGACGCUCGCGGGGUCGCUCCCGAGCAACUAUGGGCUCUCGCCCGAGCUCAAGGCGACCAUGGUGCCGGCGCUGCGGUCGCCGAUGCACUUUCAGCUGCCAGCGCGGUACGCGAGUCCCCAGCCGGGCGGGAGUCCGCAGUCGCCGCCCCGCGGCUUGGUCGCACGCAAGCUCACGAGCCCGCAGUUUAUGACGUCGACCAUGCCGUCGUCGUCGUCGGCCAAGAAGGACGAGAGCAACAAGCCGCAGGUGUCAACCUUGUCGCUCAACAGCAACCGCCGACGGUGGAGCCAAGUGUACCGCUACGAUGUGCAGCAGCAGAGCUUCACGCUGGACUGGAAGAGCCUCUGCGUGCCGGCGCUGCUGCCGUUGACGAGCGACUUUAUGCCGAAGCCAAAGGAACUCGGCGACCACUACUCGCAGGUGCCGUAUGCGGUGACGCUGCCGGUCAUUUCGAACGGCGGCCACGACGGCGGUGCCAUGUACAGCAGCCACAAGGAGCUCGUGUGGGAGAUGGUCGCGCAGCGCUUCUCGCAAGACUUUCAACUCGUCGAAGAGAAGCUCACGCACGACAACACGACCGUGUACAAGCUCAGCAUGGGCCACCGCAUCCACGAGAUCACGUACAACGGCGACAGCCAGCAGAUCGACGUCAAGCGCUAUCAACUGCGCGCCCGAGGUACGAUGGCCUUUGCACCAAUUCGACGUGGCAUUUCCAUGCGUAACAUGUAG